AUGAAUAUUAAAUUUAAUUUAAUAAUUAUAAUUUUAUUCAUUUUAUUUAUUUCAAAUGUAAAUUGUAAAAAAAUUAAAAAUAAAAAACAUUUGACACCCCAAAGGUUAAGAAGAUUUGUUGAACAUUCCAAGCCAAUUUCAUUGAAUAAGAAAGUCUGGAAAAUUACAGAAAUUGAAAAUAUAUUUUCCGCCCAAAUUGAAUUAACAUUUGGAAUUAGACAAAGAAAUAUCGUUGAGUUGGAAGAUUUCGUGUGGAGAGUUAGUGAUCCAAAUGAUUCAUUGUAUGGAAGUUAUAAAACUUUUGAAGAGAUUAAAGAAUGGGUUAAACCAUUGGAUGAAUCAAUUGAUGCUGUAAAGAAUUGGUUAAUUGAAAAUGAUAUAAAUGAAUUCACAGUGACAAAAAGCGGCGAUUUCAUUCGUACCAUUGUUUCUAUUGAUAAAGCAGAAGAAUUACUAUCGGUUAGAUAUAAUAAAAUGGUACAUAAAUUAUCCAAACAAUCAUUCUUUCGUUCUCUUGAUCCUUACACUAUUCCAAGAGAACUUUAUGAUCAUAUUGAUUUCAUUGGUGGUGUAAAUCAUUUACCAUUAUUGUCACCCAGACCAAAAGAAAGCAGUGGUAGUGCUGGUGGUGGUGGUGGUGGUAAAGUUAAUGGUAUUGGAUAUGAAUUAGAAUCAUUAAGAAAUAAUAAACAAAUUAAAUCAUUUAAUGAUAAGAAAGUUGCUGCAAGAAAUGGUGAUCCAUACUUAUCACCAGAUUUAAUUAGAAAGGAGAUGAAUGUAAGUCAAACCAGUACCAAUUCAACUCAUCUUGGUAAUUCUCAAGCUAUCGCUCAGUUUCUUAAAGAGUAUUUCUCACCAAGUGAUCUAAAAAUUUUUCAAUAUCGUUUUGGUUUGGAACCAUCUCAAGUCGAUAAUAUAAUUGGACCAAAUCAAAAUUUGAAUCCAGGUAUUGAAACGGCAUUGGAUAUUCAAUACAUCAUGGCAAUGGCACCAGAUGUACCCACUUGGAUCGUGAGUACAGGUGGGUUACAUGAAGGUCAAGAACCAUUUUUAGAUUGGUUAGUUGAUUUAUCAUCAAAUCCAAAAUUACCAUUGGUUCAUAGUAUUUCCUAUGGUGAUGAUGAAUCUUCCAUUGGAUUGGCAUAUACUGAUCGUGUAGAUACUGAAUUUAAGAAAUACGCAGCAAUGGGUAGAACAAUAGUAUUCUCAAGUGGUGAUUUUGGUGUUGGUUGUAAUGAUGAUUGUGAUUCAUUUUCACCAGGUUGGCCAGCAUCUUCCCGUUUUGUAUUGGCAGUUGGGGGGGUAAUUAAAAAGAAGGAUGGCAGUAUCAUUGGUGAUGAAAUAUCUGGUGGUGGUUUUAGUAACUAUUUCUCCCGUCCAUGGUAUCAAGUGGAUGAAUGUUCUUCCUAUAUCGAGUGGUUAAACGGUUCUCUCUCUAGUUUCUACAAUCAAUCUGGAAGAGGUUUCCCUGAUAUCUCAUCUUUCUCAGAAAAUGUCGUUAUACUCUACAAAGACAAAUUGAUGCCAAUUGGAGGUACUUCUGCAUCAGCUCCAAUUAUUGCCGGCUUAUUAUCAUUAAUUAACGACCAAAGAUUACAAAAAAAUCAAAGUCCAAUUGGUCUUUUCAAUCCAUUACUUUAUAAAAUUGCAAGAGAUCAUCCAAACUCUUUCCUUGAUAUUGACUUUGGUGAAAAUAAUUAUAAAUGUUGUACCAAUGGUUUUAAAUCUAAAAGUGGUUGGGAUCCAGUAACUGGUUUAGGUUUACCAAAUUUUGAUGAAUUGGUUAAAUAUUGUCUUGAAUAA